UUUAUCUUCAUAAACAUUAUGUGGAAAUCGGCAAUUUACCUUAUACCUUAUAUCGUACUUCAAUACCACGUAAGGCAAAGUCAUGGCGUAAUUUAUACAUAUGAAGAUGUGGAAUUGAGGAGAAUAUUUGCUAGUGAAUUUCCUCAAGAUACUAUCAGGAGAAGCGGAGUAUUAGACCCAGAACAUUUAGGUCGUUACAGCGAACUGAACAGUUAUUACAAAUACCCCAAGGCUAAAAUCAAUAGUCACUUCGAAGAAUUGACAUGUUAUAACAAAGAAGGAGGAAAAAUGUGUAGUGUUGACAUGAAUCGAUAUUCGCCUGAAGAAGACCAGUACUACAUGUCAUCUAAAAAUGAGAGCCACAUCGACCGCCGUCGGCUCCUGAUCCUUUGUUUGGCUGCUGCAAUAUAUGCUGCUCCACAAUAUCCUCAAGACGUGCAGAUCUUACGUUAUGAGUCUAAUAACUCUGGUUUGGAUUCAUACAACUUUGUGUGGGAGCUCUCCGACGGUAGUAAACAUGAGGAACAAGGCCAGCUUAAGAACCAGGGAACGGAAAACGAGGGGAUCGAAGUUCAAGGGGAGUACGAGUGGAUCGGCCCUGACGGCGUUACUUACACUGUUACCUAUGUAGCUGAUGAGAACGGAUUCCGACCACAGAUUCGACAAAGUCCAGGUGGUGCAGUGCCAUCAGCUGUUAUAGAAUCACUUGUAGGUUAAGGUAUAAAUAACUUGAUGGAAACAUCACAUGUAAAUA